UGUUUUAAACGCAGACAGAAGGGUCAUUAGACAACACACCAGCUUCCAACCACUGACAACAACAACGAAGAUAAACCAAAACGCGAGAUGGUGCAGAGCGAAACAACGGAGAAUGUGUAACAUCAGUUAGCUGGGACACGAAUGAUGUUUUUAAUGGACCGUUUUUUCGCGUGCAGUGUGGAGGGAGUGCGCGGCGAACAGUUGGAGUAUUAACGGGAAGAUCUCCGAAACACUCCCUAUCUGAAUCAUUUCUGUAGACGAGGACUUUCAGGACUUACAAGAGACAAUAUUCACUACACUUCUACUUGGAAACAUGGAGCAUCAGUGGCAAUAGCCUAUUAAAAACAUCUUCUAUCUUCUAGGAGGGAUCACGGACAUCUACUGUGGAAUACGAUAUAAAAACCACCAAGAACGCGAGAUCUGAAUUGGAGGACUUUGCGAUUUGUUUGUGAUUUGAGAAAUCGAAGCGAACUUUUUUUUUUUUUUCGCCCUGUGCAUUUUUUCUACGAAAUUUGUUAACGCGUUUCAAGAUUUCGACAUUUUAAAGGAACGUAAUACCAAAGUCUCACUACUUUAAUACUAAAGCUUCGCUGUGUUCUAGCUUUGUAUGAUAUAUUUUCGAUUUCUUGAAAUUGAAUUACCUCAUUAUUUAUUACUAUAACGGAAAGUCAACAUCGCAAUCCAAAGGAGUUCAGAACUCUCUCUCAGACACUCUUUGAUACGAUUCUUAUUCAUAUUGGAAAGCUCUCACCUUUUUCAGUGAUAUUCGAGGCGUAAUAGACUACUCUCCGUUUAUUUCUGUUUUUAUUUUUCGCGUGGAUUAUAUUUGCUGCAAAUACCUCAGUUUGACUUCGACCUUCAGAAGUAGCACGGGACAGAAGGCUGGAACGAUGCCAGAUUCACCUGCUGAUGUCAAAACCCAGCCCAGGUCAACUCCGCCCACAAUGCCACCUCCACCCCCAGCUGUCAGUCAGGCAGUCAAUCGUAACGCAUCAUUCACACCUACAACAAUGCUGAACGGGAGCAGCCACUCUCCCACGGCGCUAAACGGAGCUCCCUCGACCCCCAACGGCUUCAGCAAUGGACCGGCCACCUCCUCUACUGCUUCUCUGCCCACCCAGCAGCUUCCCCCUGCCUGUGGAGCCCGACAACUCUGUAAACUUAAGCGUUUCCUCACCACACUGCAGCAGUUUGGCAAUGACAUCUCGCCCGAGAUUGGAGAACGUGUACGCAGCCUAGUGCUGGGGCUAGUGAACUCAACUCUAACUAUCGAAGAGUUCCACUCCAAACUUCAGGAAGCCACAAACUUUCCCCUGCGUCCCUUUGUCAUUCCAUUUCUUAAGGCUAACUUGCCCCUCCUGCAGAGGGAGCUGCUUCACUGUGCUCGGAUGGCUAAGCAGACCCCAGCACAGUAUCUGGCCCAGCACGAACAGCUGCUGCUGGAUGCCAAUGCCAGCUCUCCCCUGGACUCCUCUGAAAUCAUGCUGGAACUCAAUGAGCAUGGCAAGAGACGUACCCCGGACAGCAUUUCCAAGCAUUUCUACAACCUUUGUAACAGGACCAAAGAGAGUGCAGGGGACAGGGAUGGCUUGCACCCGGAGCACCUGGCCAAACGUCCAUGCACAGUGAGCCCCAGUCAGCGCUUCAGCCCCAGCAGUGGUUUACCUGCUCACCCUCCCCUAAACGGCCUACCGACGCAUCCACCCAAUGGCCUUUCACAUCCUAACCCUCCUGCCCCACAGCAUUACCGUUUGGAAGACAUGGCACUCACCCACCACUACAGAGACGCUUACAGACACGCAGAGCAGAGGGAUGUCCGGGAUCGUCACCGGCAGACAGCCGUGCAUGGAGCACGUCAAGAGGAAGUGAUUGAUCAUCGGCUGACAGACCGCGAGUGGGCUGAAGAAUGGAAGCACCUCGAUAACUUGCUGAACUGUAUAAUGGAUAUGGUGGAGAAGACGCGGCGUUCCCUCACUGUGCUGCGACGCUGCCAGGAGGCAGACCGCGAGGAGAUGAACCACUGGAUCCGUCGUUAUAGCGAUGUGGAGGAUAUGAAAAAAGGUGGGAGCUCCGCCCAGCGGCCUCCUCCUCUUCCUCUCCACCACAACUCUUCCUCCUCCAACACUCCUAACAGCAACGACACACAGCCGCUAGAAAUUCACAGAGACUUUUUGCACCGUCCCCCAUCAGGCUACCUGCCCGAGGAGAUCUGGCGGAAGGCUGGUGCUACAAGUAUCCCGCUCUCGCCAGCAUUAAAGCAACUUCAGAACAAGCAGGAGGAAGCAGUAAAUGAAGUGAAAAGACAGGCCAUGUCAGAGAUGCAGAAGGCAGUGUCGGAUGCUGAGAGGAAAGCUCACGAGAUGAUCUCUGCUGAGCGCUCCAAGAUGGAGAGAGCUCUGGCUGAGGCUAAGAGACAGGCUUCUGAGGAUGCGCUGACUGUCAUUAGCCAGCAGAAGGACUCCAGUGAAAGCUGCUGGAACUGUGGUCGCAAGGCUAGUGAGACGUGCAGCGGAUGCAACACUGCGCGCUACUGUGGCUCUUUCUGCCAGCACAAGGACUGGGAGAAGCACCAUCACGUAUGCGGCCAGGGCCUGUCCGGGAGUAGCAGCGUGCCACUCGGGACACCAUCUACCACCUCCAUCUCCUCCUCGUCCAGCGUGCCCCCCACACACUCCGAGAGCACCCCUCCAGGCCCCCUGUCCCUGGUGGGGCAAACCAGCAGCAGUGGCAGUCCAAAAGAAGUGAGCUCCAGCAGCGUUUCUCGCUCAACCACUCCAGCAACACCUGCCCUGAUGGAUUCCUCAUCCCGUUGACUGAUGAACCCCAAAUCUUAACCCAUGCCCAGCCACGUCUACUGCUGCUACAACAUCCUUCAUCCAAAACAAGCUGAGGAACCUCCACCAUACUUAGCCAUCCUCUCAAAAUUAACUACGGCAACCUGGCUUCCACAUCUUGUUUUCUCAAUCUCCAAAAAACCCAUCAAGGUUCAGAUUCCUUCACAAAAGGAUCUACUGUGUUUAAUGCAACAUGAGCAGGGUCUGGUAUACUGGAUGCCACCAAGAAAGCCAAGAAAACACGUAUAGUUACACGUUACAUGUUUUAUUCAUGUAUAAGACAAUUUUAGGCAUGGCCUCAGUUACCUACACCCUUUAAGUGAGGUGUGCUCUGUGUGAAUUGGGGUGGCACCAUACUCUGAACAUGUCUUGACCCAGGUAGGACUAAAUAUAUGUAGGAUGGAUUCCUCCGAAAUGACCGACAGCCGCCACUGCGGGAUUUCAAUAAUGGACAAGAGCUUGUUGCCACACGGAAAAUCUUCCAAAGAGCUUUUUCCUCACAACAUGACACAUUGCAUUUCAUUUUUUGACUAUAAUUAAAACAAAAGAAAAGUCCAAAAAUCCAAAAGAAAUAAUGAUGAUGAUGAUAAUAAGAAUAAUAAAACCUGUUAACUACCUUGCUAGCGAGCCAAGAAAAUCUACUCCAGACUCACCUCUCUGUACUGACGUGAACCCAAAUGAAUUUUAAAUGAAAAAAAAAAAACAUAAUCCAAACCUUUUUAUUACACUGCCAAAGUUACUAAGAAGCACUCAUCUUGUAACCAAACACAAACAACUUCACCUCCUCAGCAGUAAAGCCAGCCCAGAGUUCCACAGUCUGUGGAGAGGUGGCAUGGUGACUAGACACUCAAACCUUCACUGUGCCCACUGUGCUGCCCACUCAGAUCCUGAGGAACGCCGACUUUAGCCUGGAUCCAUCGCUAUGGCAAGGGAGGGUCACACCUGGGAUGUUUAAAGCACGUCACCCAGUCCGCCGCAAAGAGAAAUGACAUGAAAACGAAAGAGAAGGCGAGGAUGAGUAAACGAAGAGAGACAGAUUGGCCUCAAAAGGAAAGACGAAUGGCAAUGGAACUGCCAAAAACCUAAUUGGAUUGUACACUAAGAAUGAGCCUUUUCUUCUCAAACAUUUUCGUUUGGUUUUCCUAAAGCUCUCUGAAUGCUGAGACAUUUCAUUUUGUAGUACGAUUUCAUUCUCCCUCGUUUUCCAAAGCAUGACAAGACUGUAGAGUCUCACGAGACUGGCGUAGACUUGGUUCUCGUUUCUCUCGCUCUUUCUACCUCCCCCCAUCUUCUGUAUGUUCAUCCCUUUUGUCUCCUGACAGAACCUCUAAGCAGAUAUCCAUGAAGGGAUCACACGUUGCUUGUAGAUAUUACUUUCUGUUUCUGGAUGUCUCUGUCUUCAAUAUCUGCUUGUGUGCGUACUCAGAAUGAGGAAUGCGUUCUUUCUUUGUCUUCUUUUAGGUUUCAGCCAAACAUUGGACAGAAAAAGACACUCUAAUGGGAGAGAAGCUGUGUUGUACCUAUUGUUCGAUUUGUUGUAUCAAUAUUGAUGGUGAGAAUCCUCAUGUAGAAUAUUUUAUAUUGCUCGCAUUGUAAGACAGUGAGAGAACGGAGGUGCAAUAUGAAAAGAGAAUUCAGCUACUGAAUGGAACCUCAGAAACGGCCCUUAGGGUAUCUUAUAAUAUAAAUACACAUAUAAAUAUAUCUAAAAUUACCACAGUAAAUUAAUGUGAAUGUACAUAGUAUUUAAAAAGAGGUCCAAAAAUGAGUUUGCCAAAUAACAGAAACCUUUCAAGUAUAAUGUCUAGAAUUUAAUUUCUCUCCAUUUAAUCUUUUCUGUCUGAAUGAUCAAUUUACAACGUCUGUUGUAACAGUGGAGGAGGAAGUGGUGUUCACAUCACUGCUUGUGUAGAUUACUGCCUGAGGACUCUGCUUACGGACAUGUUGGGCGAGACAUUUUUGUAGCCAUAAGCAUGUCGAAACAAAUGGCAUCACUUUAACGACACGCCAAACCACAAUAGACUGACCUAGCUCGCCCCGCUGAGAAGUUCCCAGACUGGCAUUUGGGAGGGAAGCCUCUAGAAUCUGUGUGUAACAUUGCCAUCCUUUGGGCCAAAGUGUCACUGCAGUGGUCCAAUGUGUAAUUUGCACACACAUGCAUGCACAUACAAUCACAAAAACAAACCCUCAUUUAUCCAUAGCUCUGACACAAAAAUCAAGCAAACACUAUCUGGUUCUCAUCUGGUUUUGCUUGAGUACCCAGAUUUUACUUUGGACCUCAGGUUGUGAUCCAACAUAGUACCGAAACAUAACCCAUAUUUAAUGUAGUCUGGAAAAUAUCAAUAGAAGUUGCUGUGUGCACCGAGCAAGCUCUGCUGAUCCCAACAUUCAUGUUCCUUAAGGGUUGUUUGUGAUGGCAGUUACAACGGACAAGACUACCCCUCCGUGUAAAAAUACUUAGAAUUUUGCCACCAGCUUACACUUGCAGCCCUGUUUACAGCAUUUGUUUUGGUCAGUUAUAAUUUUCUGCAGUCUAAUUGAAAUGCCAAUUUUGUUGAUUACGUGGCGUACUUCUGAUACGGACCAAACUUGAAAGGCCUGCUUGUUGCUCAUUCUAUUUUGGUGUUGCUUUAGGCAUGAGGUGGGUUGAUGGUUUAAUUUUUCACAUGGCAUAAGCGGAUAAUCUAUUAUCGGAUUUCUAAAGCAAUAUAUGAACUCAUCCAGAAAAUAACAGCAACAAAUGAUCCCGAACCAGUGAAUUACUAGAACACCAGUCUGAUGAAGUAGGUCUCUCUCUCUCUCUCUCUCCCUACAUUUUGAGGAGGAUUUUUCAUACACCAUCCCCUCCCUUUCCUUACUAGCUACCUCCUGUACACAAAUCCAAGACAGUUUGAAUGAAUGAAACUAGCAGACAUGCAAAUCUAUCAUCCUGCUCAAGGUAUACAAGACAUUUCAGCAAAGAAACUCAAAACUUUUUUAGUCUAUUUUCAUGUCUAUACAAGUGAUGGGCCACCAAAGUCCUUUUAUUCAUGGGCUGUUAUACAACAUAUUAAGCCAAAAACAAUCUACAGAAGUACGUAGCAAUGCAAAAGCAUGCACUCUUGUGUUACUGUUGUGUUACUGCGGCAGUAACAAACCUCAGUUCUCAAGGGUGUGAUGGGAGUUUCUUUCAAAUGUCUAUGCUGUUAAAUCGGAUGUGUUAUUAUUCAGGUAGCUAAAUGUUGACAGUUGAAACCAACUUUAACUUGCACAGCAAAAUUCUCUUUAAACUGUUGCUCUGCCAUGACUUUAGUUUACCUGACUGUAGAAGAGUGUUUACAUUCAUGCCCGCUAUAGCGCCUCCUGUGGCAAGUCUUAGAAUUGUUGAGUCAUGAACUGUGUUCUGACACAUUCGGAAUGCAACAAUGAGUGAAAUUGAGCUUGCAUAGUUGUACUAGCUUAGAACGUUUUGAGCCCUGAACAUAAACAUAUCUCAUAAAUAUCCAAAACGAUAAAAGCACAGACCAAAGCAUAACUGCACAUCCAUAGAAGCCGUUUGGACAUUGCGUCGCCUAAAAAAAAGCCUGAACGUGGGUAAGCGGCAAUGCCCAUAAACCAAAGUGUACAAAAUGACCAUGUUGAAAGCACAAGACGACAGUAUACACAUCAAGGGAAGAGAUCUGUACUAUAAUUCCAAGCCAGGGGAGUGCUUGUUCCUGGCAUCCAAAGCAUUAGAUAAGAUUACAAAUGCUUCUCUAACAUUUAAACCAACCUUGCUCAAAGAUUUCAUUAUGGGAAUGCAUGAGUGUGAG